AUGGGUCAAAACCUUAGUUGCAGAGGAACCAACCAUGAUCAUGGUCUUUUCACAGUCGUGCAACAAGGUAAUCUUGAAAUUGUUACAACUAUGUUGCAACAAGACCCGUCACUUUUUCAUCAAACAACUCUCUAUGAUCGAUUUUUGCCUCUUCAUAUUGCUGCUGCUAAUAGCCAUAUCGAGAUUCUGUCGAGGCUUUUACAUGGAUCUGUUAAACCAAAUAUUUUAAAUCGGCAAAAACAGGUAAAUUGUUGUUCCUCUUUAAGCAUUAUGGUUUUUGGCAUUUGGGUUUUUGUUUUUGUUUGUAAAAAUGUUAUCUUUGCUUAG